AUGUCAUUCCUCUUCAACAGGCUCCCCAAGCUCGACACCUCCACCUCCCUCUCCCGCGGCAAGAAUAACACCCUGUCGCCCUUGCAGCAGAGGAAGAUGCAGGAAAUGGCCACAACCCCCAUUGCCACUGGCUGUCGGACGCCUGCAGAGGCCGCGUCCGAGUAUCAAAUAUCCAUGAUAGAAUUCGCCGUAUCAUGCGCCCCACCCAAUGCGCCGUCCUACAACAGCCAGCCAGCCAGCCUGCGCCCAUUGAUCAUGGUUCUUGCUUUUGCUGUCGCUGUCUCACGAAUCGCAUACCAGGCCAGUGAUGUAAUUGUUAGCGUACAGCCAUCCCUCGCUGUCGACUCCGAGUUCUCGGUCCACCUCAAGAGGUAUCAUGGCAGGAGAGACAAGAGCUUGGUCGCAAAGAACGUCGACAGUGUGCCAGAGGUUAUCUCCAUAAGACACAAUGCCGACCCCUUACUGUCUGUCUUCGAGCCUGCCCGGAAUGGCCUCCUGGUCUCCGUCACUACGAGUUCCAGGAUCCUUCUUCCCUCAGUUGGUCACUUGUACAAGCUUGCCAGCUACCCAGUCGUCAUCCACGUGGCGCUGCACCCGGACCAAUUCCCAGACUACUCCGCCAUAACGUCGAUAAGGAAUACAGGAUGGUCCUUCCUCCAGUCCGAGUCGCUUCAGGAGGCGCAAGACAUGGCCCUGACUGCCCACGCUCUCGCCAUCCGGUCAGGAAAGGGUGUCAUCCACUUCUUCAGCCCUGCCAGUUCCGUGAACGACAAGCCAAUUGACUUCGAGACGCGGAAUGUGCUGCGUGAGAUCCUCAACCAGGACUACGUGCGGCGGAUACAGAACUCCAACAUCCCUGGAGCCGGUAUCUACGCUGACGAUGGAAGGGUGGCACUGGCCGAAGACCUUAUCGACCUAGGCCAGGAGGUCAGCUCUCCCAGGUCGCCACCCCCCAAUGGGCUCAGCGUACCCGAGUUGGAUGGCAAGAUUUCCUCAGUAACGUCAGAAAAAUCAAGCCAACAGAGCGUCACCAGCAGCCCGCCAAGCGUGUCUUCAGCCACCACCGUUGAAGCUCAACCUCCAGCGGUUACAUCCGAGCACAUCUACAAUUACGUUACCCUCAUCUGGGCUCAGAUCAAGAAACUACUUGGCCGAGAAUACCACGUUUUCGAGUACUCCGGUUCUCCUACUGCCGAGACGUGCCUUUUUAUUUUUGGACUUGAUGCUGGGUUGCUGGGCGACACGAUUGACCGAGCACCCCCAUCUGAGGGCUUCGCAAACUGCGCCAUCAUCACGCCACGUUUAUACAGGCCUUGGCUUGGGGUUAAACUGAUCGACAUCCUGCCAAAGUCCGUAAAAAAGGUUGCUGUCCUGGAGCAGAUCACCAGGAAGACAACUAAGUGGGGCCCGAUCCUCAUCGAUGUCCUGACUUCUCUCAGAAGUGGCAUGGGAGGCGUCGACACCAUCGUCGGCUAUCACCUGGGAUAUAUCAACCGCGAGACCGUCCAACAGGCCUUGCGAGGAAUUUACCAAAAUUUGAUCGCCGACAAGCCCAUCCAGAAUCUGGACGUCGGCUCUGCGCAGGCUCCGGAGGAGACCUCAGCUUAUGAGCUGGAGUCGCCCAAGCUCGAGACGGCUUAUACCAAGAUCUUAGACCAACUCUUUGGCUCAAGGGUAUUCCUCGCAAACUCGCUCAAGUCUGAGAAUGCUGGAGUUUCGGCAACAAUAUCAGCUAGCCCCGAGUAUGGUUUUGGUUCUUUGUUAGCGCGUAAGGAGAAGAGGCAGACCUUCAUCGCAGACGUCAAGGAGACUGCGGUGUCGGGCACAUUCCUAACGGAAACGCCAAAGCGCUCGCUGGCCCAGUGGGCUGCGCACGUCGAAGACCCGUCAAAGAUCGAUCAGUUCGCCGAAGACGCCAUUUCCGCCCUUCAGACCGACAACUCGACCCUGUCUCGCAAACUACUCACCAGCAAGGUCUUCUUCCGCAAAGAGUCCCUCUGGCUUGUUGGCUCUGACGCGUGGUCGUACGACCUCGGCAACUCUGGUGUACACCACGUCCUGGCAUCUGGCGAGAACGUCAAUAUGCUCAUCAUCGACUCGACACCCUACUCCGAGCGGGUGGCCACGGACGCCGCACGGAGAAAGAAGGACAUUGGUCUUUACGCCAUGAAUUUUGGCAACGCAUACGUCGCAUCGACAGCAGUCUACAGUUCUUACACGCAGGUGCUGCAGGCGAUGGACGAGGCCGACAAGUUCGAUGGUCCGUCCAUCGUUCUGGCGUAUCUGCCGUACAAUGAUGAGCAUGACUCCUCCCUCACCGUCCUCCAGGAGACGAAGAACGCCGUCGAUAUUGGCUACUGGCCUCUGUAUCGCUGGAACCCGAAGAACGAGCUCAAAGGCCAGCCAAAUUUCAUCCUAGAUUCUGAGCGCAUCAAGAAGGAGCUGAAGGAUUUCUUGGACCGGGACAACCACCUGACUCAGCUCAUGGCGAAGGAGCCCAAGUUUGCUCCUGUCCUUUCCGAGGAUUUCGGCACUGAGAUCCGUGCUCAGCAAAAGCGUAAUGCAAAGGACGCGUACAACAAGCUCCUUGAGGGUCUACAGGGUGCGCCUUUGAUGGUACUUUUUGCUUCUGAUGGUGGUAACGCCCAGUCCGUCGCGAAGCGGAUUGGGAGCCGAGGCAAGGCACGGGGUCUCAAGACAACGGUCAUGGCAAUGGAGGACUACCCUGUUGAGGACUUGCCAACGGAGGACAACGUUGUUUUCAUCACCUCAACCGCCGGUCAAGGAGAGUUCCCACAAAACGGUCGUGCUUUCUGGGAGGGUAUCAAGGACAGUACCGAUCUGGACCUGGCUACCGUCAACUACUCUGUCUUCUCUCUUGGCGAUAGCCACUACUGGCCGCGAAAAGAGGACAAGAUUUAUUACAACAAGCCUGGAAAGGACCUGGACAGGAAGCUGGCUGAAUUCGGUGGCAAGCGCUUGGCUGAUAUUGGUCUUGGCGAUGAUCAGGAUCCCGAUGGGUAUCAGACCGGAUACAACGACUGGGAGCCACUUAUAUGGCAGGCUCUCGGUGUUGCCAACGUCGAGGGUCUCCCCGAGGAACCACCACCAAUCACCAACGAGGACAUCAAGCUGGCCUCCAACUACCUUCGUGGUACCAUCGUGGAGGGUCUGAACGACCCCACUACCGCUGCCAUUUCCGCAGCGGACCAGCAACUUACGAAGUUCCACGGUACUUACAUGCAAGACGACAGAGACAUCCGGGAUGAGAGAAAGGCGCAAGGCUUGGAGCCAGCGUACUCUUUCAUGAUCCGCUGUCGGCUGCCGGGUGGUGUGUCCACGCCAAAGCAGUGGGUCCAGAUGGACGAUAUCGCCACCGAACUCGGAAAUGAGACUAUGAAGUUGACUACACGGCAAACGUUCCAAUUCCACGGUGUUGUGAAGGGGAAGCUCAAGCCCGCUAUGCAGGCUAUCAACCGGGCUCUCAUGACCACGAUCGCCGCUUGCGGUGAUGUGAACAGAAACGUCAUGUGCAGCUCCCUUCCCACACAGUCCAAGUACCACAAGGAGGUCCAUGAGUGCUCUCAGCGCAUCAGUGACCACCUCCUUCCAUCCACAUCCGCCUAUCACGAGAUCUGGUUGACCAACGAUGACGACAAGAAGACGCAGGUUGCGGGCGACGCAGUGCAGGACUUUGAGCCUCUGUACGGCCCCACGUACCUGCCCCGCAAGUUCAAGAUCACUAUCGCCGUUCCUCCCCACAACGACACUGACGUGUACGCCCACGACGUCGGCCUUAUCGCCAUCAAGGGUGACGAUGGUCACCUGCUUGGCUUCAACUUGCUCGCCGGUGGUGGCAUGGGUGCCACGCACAACAACAAGAAGACCUAUCCACAGACAGGACGCAUGCUAGGCUUUGUGACGCGCGCAGAUGUUCACAUCGCUUGCGAGAAGGUCAUGUUGGUGCAGCGCGACCACGGUGACCGCAAGAACCGCAAGCACGCCCGUCUCAAGUACACCAUCGACGACAUGGGCGUCGAUGUGUUCAAGGGCAAGGUCGAGGAGCUGUGGGGCAAGAAGUUUGGCCCGCCCAAGCAAUUCAAGUUCGAGUCAAACGUCGACACGUUCGGCUGGCAGAAGGACGAGAUGGGCAUGAACCACUUCACUUUCUUCAUUGAGAACGGGCGUAUCGAGGACACAGCCGACUUCCAGAUGAAGACGGGCCUGCGCGAGGUGGCGAAGGUGCACAAGGGCGAGUUCCGCCUGACAGGAAACCAGCACCUUAUCCUUUCCAAUGUAGCCGACGAGGACCUGGACUCCAUCAAGGCCCUUAUGAAGAAGUACAAGCUCGACAAUGUUAAGUUCUCGGCCCUGCGGUUGUCGUCAUCCGCUUGUGUCGCCUUCCCGACGUGCGGUCUGGCCAUGGCCGAGUCGGAGCGAUAUCUUCCCGUCCUCAUCUCUAAAUUGGAGGACACACUCGAGGAGAACGGUCUGCGCCAGGACUCGAUCGUGAUGAGGAUGACGGGAUGCCCCAACGGUUGCGCACGACCCUGGCUAGCUGAGGUGGCCUUCGUCGGCAAGGCCUACGGCGCGUACAACAUGUACCUGGGCGGUGGCUACCACGGCCAGCGGCUCAACAAGCUGUACCGCUCCAGCAUUAAGGAGGAAGAGAUUCUGGCCAUCAUGAAGCCGCUGCUCAAGGAAUAUGCCCUCGAGAGGGAGGAGGGCGAGAGGUUCGGCGACUUCUGUAUUCGUAAGGGAGUGAUCAAGGCGACGACUGACGGCACGAACUUCCACAACGAUGUUGCCGAACUGGAAGAGGAUGACGAGUAG